CCCGCCCCGCUAUAGCUGCGGCGGGCGGAGCGCAGCGGAGCGGCAGUGCCCGAGCGCGGCGGCAGCGGAGCAGGAGCCGGAGCCGGAGCCGGCCGGGGCGGCCAUGUGGCGGGCGGCCCUGCCGCUGCUGGCCGGGCUCUCGCUGGGCACAGGGCUGAAGUGCGUGUGCCAGCUGUGCGAGCACACCAACUUCACCUGCCAGACCGAGGGCGCCUGCUGGGCCUCCGUCAUGCUGACCAACGGGCGCGAGGAGGUGGUCAAGUCCUGCGUCUCCCUGCCCGAGCUGAACGCCCAGGUCUUCUGCCACAGCUCCAAGAACAUCACCAAGACCGAGUGCUGCUACACCGACUUCUGCAACAACAUUACCCUCCGCCUGCCUAUUGCAUCGGAGUCUCCGGGCAGGGCCGGCGCGGGCCCGGCGGUGCUGGCGGUGACGGUGGCGGUGCCGCUGUGCGUGCUGGCGCUGGUGGCGGUGCUGGCGCUGCGCGGCUGGCGGCGCCGGCGUGGUGGCGGCCGCAGGGCCAAGCAGCUCAGCGUGGAGGAGCCGCUCUCCGAGUGCAACCUGGUCAGCUCGGGGAAGACGCUGAGGGAGCUCAUCCACGACAUGACGACCUCCGGCUCGGGCUCGGGUUUACCCCUGCUUGUACAGAGAACAAUUGCAAGGACAAUUGUCCUUCAGGAAAUCGUAGGAAAAGGCCGAUUUGGCGAAGUCUGGCAUGGAAAAUGGUGCGGGGAGGAUGUGGCUGUGAAAAUCUUCUCCUCCAGAGACGAACGAUCCUGGUUUCGGGAGGCAGAAAUCUAUCAGACGGUUAUGCUGAGACACGAAAACAUCCUGGGCUUUAUUGCUGCCGACAACAAGGAUAAUGGGACGUGGACUCAGCUCUGGCUUGUCUCCGAGUACCACGAGCAAGGGUCUCUGUUUGACUACCUGAACCGGGGGACGGUGACGGUGGCGGGCAUGGUGCGGCUGGCGCUGUCGGUGGCCAGCGGCCUGGCCCACCUGCACAUGGAGAUUGUCGGCACGCAAGGCAAGCCAGCGAUUGCGCACCGGGAUCUGAAAUCUAAAAACAUCCUGGUGAAGAAGAACGAGAGCUGCGCCAUCGCGGACCUGGGCCUGGCGGUGAAGCACGACUCGGUGCUGAACACCAUCGACAUCCCCCAGAACCCCCGCGUGGGGACCAGGAGGUACAUGGCUCCUGAAAUACUUGAUGAUGUGAUGAACAUGAACAUCUUUGAGUCCUUCAAGCGUGCGGACAUGUACUCCCUUGGGCUGGUGUACUGGGAGAUCGCCCGGAGGUGCUCCGUUGGAGGAAUCACCGAGGAAUACCAGCUGCCUUACUACGAUGUCGUGCCUUCUGAUCCUUCGAUAGAAGACAUGAGAAGGGUAGUUUGUGAGCAGAAGCUCAGACCAAAUAUUCCAAACCAGUGGCAAAGCUGUGAGGCGCUGCGGGUACUGGGCCGGGUGAUGCGGGAGUGCUGGCAUGGCAGCGGCGCGGCGCGGCUCACCGCCCUGCGCGUCAAGAAGACGCUCUCCCAGCUCUGCGCCCAGGAGGACGGCAAGGCCUGAGGCAGCUCCCCGCCGAGGGACGGAUCCUGCCGCUCAGCUUCUAACGUGUGAUAUCAUUUUUGGUUUUGUCUACCUCACGCACCGUGGUUCAGUGUUUAAGCGCCCGAAGCAGAGCGCUGACAUCCAGCUUCGUAUUUGGCCACUGGACGGGGCAGCUUCUGGCCGUAGUUCGUGUUCUAUACAGCAGGUCUGUGACUUGCUGGGGUUCUGUCAGUGACUUAGACUCUAGGUUAAUUGCAGAAAGGAGCUUAAGACACCACGACAGUGUAAUGAUACCUUUUGCUAUUGUGCUUUUUGUCUUAGUCCGGCCCCAGGCGUAUUUGAAGUAGCUGCUAUUGGUUAAAGCCUGUUUGCAAGAGAAACCACGUUUUACCCUCAAACCAAGUCAAAGACCCAAUUUAAUCCAGAUUUUUACAUAUUUUCAUGCAAGAAUCUGAAAACAGGCUGUCAGUAAAAUGCACUUUUAAAUGCUAUAUUUACUAAGCAAAUUUUUAAAAAAUGAAAAUUUCACUACACAUGUAUAUUGUGAACAAAAGCAUCUAGUCAAUUUUUCAUAAACUUUUAUUUUUUGUUGUCUUGAUUUAAUAUACAAUGUUAUAGUUAUGACUUGUAGUUAUCUUACUCUGUUCAUUUUUUCAUUGAACAUAUCGAUCAAGGGAAAAUUUUUAUUUUUAACAGUUGGUAGGAAAAAUAAUAGAGGCAAUACUUUUCCAUUAGAUAUGUAGGGAUGGAAUGGGAUAAAUUCUACCUAAACUGAGAAAGUAUACAUUUUUAAACAAUGGUGUCUUGCCAAUCUGUCACUGGUAACAUUUUUAGUGCCUUUUGAUGUUCUGGGGGAGCUUUAGCAAGUCAGCUCUUGGCAGGCGGCUGCCGCCCUGCAGCGGGGUUCGUUCCUGGGCGCACCGCUGUUCGCACAGCCCGGCUCGUGGGGUCGGGGCUUUGGGGACACGGGUGACCGGAGACACCGCUGCGGUGCUGCGGGUGCCAGGGUCCCCUUUGCUGUCGUCUGUCACAGCCCGGGGACCUGCUAAGAUGGCAAUUUAAAGUGCUGAUGUCCUUCUGCGGAGCCAGUACAGCCUGUCAGAGGUUCUGUAUGGAUUUCUGUAAUAGCGCCAGCUUGCUGAAAAGUAUUAACGUCUCAUCGUAUUCCCAUAACACUGCGAGCUAUAGGAAGUGGGGUGUUUUUCUCAAAACUCACUGAUGUGGUAUUUUGUGAAUUCUGCCCCACUCCACACAUUUGAAUAUGGUGUUCCAAUAUUUUUAAUAGCCAAAAUGAUACACUUCAUAAUAAUAUGAUUCUUUAAAUGUUUCUAAAUCCAGGUGUCUGUGGAAUUUAAGCCCAAAGAUGUCUCCAGAGUAGCAAAGCUUUGUAAAAUUCGAAGUAGCACAUGCAGCUCUGUGGAAAUAAGCUGUUUGCUAAUUACGGUAUUAAGAUCGAUCUUUGGCAUGAAACCUCUUGAGCUGGGGCUCUGGUGUGGAGGAAUGGGUUAAACUGUGACCGGGUGGGACGGUCAGCAGCGUCAGUGCUGCCUGUUCCAUCCCGACACACGCACUCGGGACACCGCGGACUCUUCAUGGCUGUUAAUUGUCCCAAAAAUGGGCCCUAAUGCCGUUUACCUGUUGUGUAAACCUGGUCACUCCUGCUUGUGUUACUAGCGCACGCCUGCGCGUCUGUUGGCUGCGUGGCGGAGAGCGUUGCUACUGGAUUUUCCUCCAGCAGGCUUUCUGAGAUGUAAUCAAAGUCAACUUAUAGGUUUAGUUGUUCUGCGCUUCAGCUGCACUGGGGAGCUCAGCAGAUGUGCAUUUCUAAGCAGUUGGAGGGUGGUGGUUGCAGCUGUGUGAUCCAAGGGGAGAUGCUUACUUGGGUAUCCAAAGAUGUGCAGACCUAAGAUCCAGCAUUUGUUCUUGUAGAACGUAACUUGAAAAAAAUCCUUAUGUUAAAAAGGAACAGUCAAAAAUUAUUUUUUUAAGUGGGAAAAGGAAAUGCUUUAUCAAUUGAAAUAAACUCAGUGAAUUUGCAGAGUAAGGUGUUUGAAAUCAGCGGUAGUGGAGCACAAGUGAUUUUAAACAGUGUGCUGAUUCAGGCCUGCUUCUUCAAAAGUAUUUAACCGUGCAGGUGAGAUGAACUUUUCGGAGUUCAGCGCUCGGAAGGUGCCCCAAGGGAAACGGUGUGUCCCUGCAGAGCUCCGGCCAUGGGGUGUCUGCCGCAGUCUUGAUGCGCUAACGCUCGUUACUGAAAGCUGGGUCAGCUGCCGUACGAGAUGCAGGAUGACCGAGGGACACCAUUAGCUUCUCUUACACCACUUUUAAAAUGUGAGAGUUUUUUUGCCUAAAGUGGAGGCAUUCUUCAUGGGGAGAGUGAUUGGAAUGCUCUCUAGGAAUUUUUCUUCCAUCUUAAAUUCAGUUCUAUGCACUUUUUAUCCGUAUUAUCCUUUGAAUGUAUCCAUGCCCUUGAUGUCUAUCGGAUAAUUGCUCCUGGGGCUUCUUUCCCUGUGGACUGGGUCGCACGGUGGAGGAAUUUGGCGUUGGUGCGGAAGGUCCCCCGGGUCUUUUGUUAAUUGAGAGGCAGAGGCACCUUUUAGCAAAACAGAGUUAACCAUAGCUGGGUCAAGGGGCUGAUGCUGUUGUGCUGGGCUUUGUUUGUAAACUGUGUGCUCCUUUGAAAGAAACCAACCCCCUUAUUUUAGUGGCCUUUCCACUCAGCGUGGGUUUGUCCUGCCUGGAUUUAAGAACAGAGGUUAUGCCAAGGCCGUUGCGGGUGGGUUUAGGGAGGCUGAGGUUUCUGGAGAGGUUGCUGGUGUUCCUGCUGAUCUUCAUCUAAAGCACAAGUUCUUAAGCUCGUAGAAAUUUUCAAGCUCAAGGAUGCUGCAGACCAGUCACCACAUUUAGCCUCUCGUAACUGAUGCUUCUAGUCUGGGGGAGUUACUCAUUUUUUUAAUUAGCUUCUAAUAACAACCUAGAACUUAAUGCAUGGAAAAUGAACUGAAAGGGAAAGUUAAUUAACAUUUUCUCUAGCACCUAUUUUUUGUUGUUUCCUUAACUACUCCUCCGAAAUACCCCUUGAGAAAUUCAAACUGUAAUCUCUCUUGCACUUUACUACUUUUAUAGUCAUUUGCACUUACCCAAGAUGGUUCCCUCCUGUAACGCUAUAACGACUCCCGUAAUGCUGUCGUUGUUAUGUCACUUCUAUUCUUGGCAGUACUUUCAGGAAUUAUAAAUAAAUUAGUUUAGAAGUGUGUCUAGUCCCCACAAGGGGUCUGGGCAUUGAGCAGAGAGCAUCCCGCUGGGGCCCCGUGUGCCUGCUGCUCCACCGACGCGCGGGGUCCCAGGCCGGGAGGCUUUUGGGAGAGACAUCCGUGCUCUGUUACAGGCAGCACCUUCUAUAAAUGUACGGGAAAAGAAGCAUUAAGAGGUACAAUGUAUUUCUACAGAAUAUAAGAAAUGUGCAAUAAGUUGUAACCAAAGGCUCUGAAUGUAUUUUUGGCAUAAAUAGACUGAAUGUAUUUUGAAUGUAGCUAUUACAUUUCUGUCUAAAUCUGCUGUAGUUUUCAGUCCCCAAAGAGGAAUGUGUAGUGUUUUGUUAGUCUACAAACCAGUCUCUGAGUUUUCUGUUUUUAAAAGAAGCAUUAAUGUUUUUUUCUGGAGUACUGUAAUAUUUUAGAGGUUAGUGUAGCAGUACAAUGCUAAAAUUCAUCCUUCACAUUGUGAAACACCUAAUGUAGUGUACACUGCAGCAAGUUAUUUUUAAAACUAUUGCUGAGGUUAUUGCUUGAUAUUGCAGCUGCCCUGGAUGUAAAUAAUUUGUUUAGAUGUUGUAUUUUGUAUGUGUAUUUUACAUACAGGUAUACUUUUGGAAAGAUGUGGCCAUUUUAAUAAAUGAAGCACACUCUGCCAUUG